GGACUGGGUCUACAGACUCACCAACAACAGGCACUGGAUCCACAGACUCACCACCAACAACAGGGACUGCAUCUACAGACGCACCACCAACCCCAACAACUGCAUCUACAGGCACACCAGCUCCAGACUCCUCGCCAUCUCCAGAAGGUUCUGAAACCUCUGCCACCACAAAGAUACCAGAACACAUCAGCACAUUGGCUCCCACCACCCCAACGCCAAAAGGAAACCCGUGUAAGAAUGGAGGAACCUGGACAGGAGUCGAGUGUAACUGCAAAGUCCCAUAUAUUGGACAAUACUGUGACAAUGUUCAGGAAGAGAUCAAAGUCGAGAUAGUCGAAACAAAUGUAGACGUCACUGUCAGGAUCACCAAUAAGGAUUUCUCAGACCAGCUCAAGGACCCAAGCACCCCUGAGUACCAAGAAUUCACAAAAAGCUUUACAGAGCAGAUGGACAAAACUUACCGUGGCAUCACUGGAUAUAACGGAAUUCACAUUAACCAAAUCAGGAAGGGCAGUGUUAUUGUGGAUCAUGACGUAAUUUUCGUAAGUGAAGCCAAGAAUUUCACAGAAUCCUUCCUCGCCGAAGUAUCCAAGGAAAUUGUCAAUCAACUGAAUAGCUCAGGGAGUGGAGAAGAAUUCGUGUUUGACGAGAAAGAGAUCGAUGUACAACCUCCAAAUAAAGCCGAUCUCUGCAAGACGUUGGUGCCAGCAGAGGUCUCGGAGUUUUAUGACACAGUUAUUGACAGCUCUGGGCUGAGAUGUUUGUCAGCUUGUCACCAGGACAGUCCCAACCCGCUACACUGUGGUACCGGCAAGUGUGGCCUGAGGGCCAGUGGCCCCAUGUGCUUCUGUGACCUGACCCAGGAGUACUGGUACUAUGGAGAUCGCUGUGAGCUGAGAGUGCACAAGGCCGGGAUGAUCGCUGGGGUCACUGUGGCCGCUGCUGUCCUCCUCGUCAGUCUGAUCGUCCUCACCAUCUACACCAUGAAGUACCGGCAACAAAAACAAGCCAGGGAGGAAGAAAUGAAUGUGAUUGAGAACUCUUGGAUGGACGAGGAGGUGAAGUGGCCAACACGCAAUAUAGUGAACCCCAUUGGGCUCUCAACCUUUGAUUCCUCUGAAGGCAACCUCCUCUCUCACCAACAUGGCUCCCUACCAACAUUCCCAGAUGUCAGUAUCAACCACACCUACAACAGGUUUUCUCAGAUGCCAAACUCCAGCUACUCAAACCUGUGAGGUCUCAUCUCCCUCGGAACCCUACCUCACAAGCUCACAACUAAACAAAUCAACCUCCCCGGUAACUCCAGCAAUGCCGCUAAAAAUAUCAAUAUUUGCGCCCCUCCCCAAUUAACCCCCCCCCCCGCCCGUCCUCUGUCUGUACGCAAGGGAUAGGAUGUGCAGUGCAGUAAAGCUGCGAAAAUGUGGAAACAGAUUCAGUGACUUUCAAAAGGGAAUCAAAUAGGAACUUGAAGAGGACAAAUUUGCAAGGAAUACCGGGAAAGUUAAGCCGAGGGAGG